AGUUUUUCAAUCUGCCAUAAAACGAAAAGAAGAAGAAAAAGAAGAAGUUUUUGCAGCAAAACUAAAGGGACUGCGAUAGAAAAUGAGUUCUCUGAGGGAAGUCCCAGAGGAGGAUCUGCAGUGUCCCGUGUGCCUCGACAUCUUCACCCGUCCCGUGCUUCUGCUCUGCAGUCACAGUGUGUGUAAAGCGUGUUUCCAGCGGGUCUGCAGCGAGCGAGGACUGCAGGAAUGCCCCGUCUGCGGGAAAAGGUUCACAGGGUUUCUUCCACCGGAUAAUCUCGCAUUGCGGAACAUUUGCGAGUCAUUCUUCCGGAAGAGAAACUCCUCAUCUGGUGUGUUCUUCUGCGAUGUGCACAGAGAGAAACUCCAACUCUUCUGUCUGGAUGACAAACAGCCUGUGUGUUUGGUGUGCAGAGACUCGGAGAAACACCUCAACCACACAUUCAGGCCCGUCGAUGAAGUCGCUCCACUUAUGAAGGAGGAAUUGAAGACCUCAUUAAAACGUUUACAAGAAAAACUCGAGAGCUUUAAAGAAAUGAAACAAUCAUUUGAUGAUACAGCACAACACAUUAAGACUCAGGCUCAGCAGACUGUGAGACGCUUGCAGGAGGAGUUCGAGCGGCUUCAUCAGUGUCUGCGGGAUGAAGAGAUGCACAGAAUAUCUGCACUAAGAGAGGAAGAGAGUCAGAAGAGUCGGAUGAUGGAAGAAAGGAUUGAACAAAUCGACAGAGAAAUAGAGUCUCUUUCAAGCAACAUCAGAACUAUAAAAGAUGAUUUAGACGCGGCCAACAUGACCUUUCUGCAGGUGAGAAGAACUCACCUGUAUUUUCAAUUCAAUGUUUUACUAACUUCAUGUUCUCAGAAGAAAGGUAAGCGAGGCGUUCUCUUGCUCUUUUCUCUGCAUGCAGUCGUUCUGUCCUUUAAAACUCCUGGAUGUGAUUGCAGAGCCCGGAUCACACCGCAGGAUCCAGAGAUUCCUACUGGAGCAUUGAUGAAUGUGCCAGAACACCUGGGGAACCUGAGGUUCAAAGUCUGGGAGAAGAUGCAGGAGAUCGUUCAUAUCACUCCCGUCACACUGGACCCCAACACUGCAUAUCCUCUGCUGUUCCUGUCGGAUGAUCUCACCCAUGUCAAAUCCAGCGCUAACGCACAACACUGUCCAGAAAAUCCAGAGAGAUUUGACUAUUACCACUGUGUGCUGGGCUAUGAGGGCUUCACCUCUGGAGAGCACUGCUGGCACGUGGAGGUCGAGAACAACACGUGCUGGUCUGUUGGAGUAACGACAGCAUCUAACCAGAGAAAAGGAGACGCGCUCUUUGACACUGGAGUGUGGCGUGUGCGUUAUAUGGCUGGUCAGUAUACGUCACAGUCACCUCUGAUGGCUCGCACACAUUUAUCCGUUGAAGAGAGACUGAAGGUGAUUAGAGUGAAGCUGGACUGGGACGGAGGAUCGAUUUCAUUCUCUGAUCCGCUUACGAACACACAUCUGCGCACUUUCACCAGCACAUUUACAGAAGCAGUCUUUCCUUUGCUCUAUAGCAGCUGUACAGAUUUCCCACUCAGGAUCUUACCUGUGAAGUUUAGUAUAACCACGGAGGAGCCUAAACUGCAGCCAUAUCAGCCUGUAGCCCAGGACUGGCUGCCCACUGAAGCUAAGCAGGGCUGAGCGUCAGUACCUGGAUGG